AUGGUCUUCCUUCGCCUGACGGUGAAGGUUUACCCUCGAAAUCCGAAUGCCCCGAGAACCGGAUCGCCAGCUAGCUUUCUCCUCCCCGUCGAGAACCCAGAGGAUACUAGCUUGGGCGGUCUGGCGAGCUUGAUCCAAGAGAAAUGGAAGAAACUCCGACCCCACGAGGGCGCGCUGGAAAUCAAGCAAAUCGUCGAUGAUGCCCACGAAUCUGCCGAUCUUGAUCCGGAUAUGACCGUCGCCGAUGUCUGGGUUGACCUUGGCAAAGCGCGCAGCGAUAACUGCGACCAGCGCGGCACUGUUCGCGUGAUCCAGAAACCUACCGAUGAACCCUACGCUCCAGUUCGCUUCCCCUCCGUCACGCACGACUGGGACGCCGCCGCCCAGGAAUUUCAGCGCCAACGACGCGUGAAGAAUGAGCCCGCCUCGCCACCCAUGGGCACCAUCCCCGAAGAGGGGUCACAGCCAGAGGCUGAAGACUCGGGGAGUGAGGAGAGCGGCAGCGAGGAAGAAUCGGGUGGCGAGGAGGAGACUGGUAGCGAGGAAGAAGCCGAGGAGGCUGAAGAGACCGAGAGCGAGAGCGAUUCCGUUGAAGAGGUAGCAGGACCGGGCACGCGAAAGGAAGCAACGCUCGAUGCCGAGCCGGAAAUCAAAGAAGAGACCGAUGACGAGGAAGGAUCUGAGGAGGGCGGUGCCGAUGUUGAACCGGUCGCGCAGGCCAAAACCGACCAGGAACAGGGAGAGGAGACAGACGAUGGGGACGAAGAGAGCGACAACGAGGAGGACAAGGACGAGGACGAGGACGAGGACAAGGAAGAGAGUGAGGAAGAGGAAGAGCCAAAUGAAGUGAUAGACAACGCCGCCAAGGACGCUGAACCGGAUGAGGAAGAGACCGGCGACGAAGAGACUGGCGACGAAGACGACAGUGCCGGAGAAGAAAGCGAGGAAUCCGAGAGGGGUGAGGAGCCAAACGAUGAAAUGGAGGUCGACGAAGAGGAGGAAGUUUACGAGGCACCACGAUCCUCCCGGCUCAAACGUGCGAGGGAUGCCGACGAGUUCCAAGAGCCCAGCAAACAGCCACGACUUGACCAGGCCGGAAGCCGCGCCCAAGAGAACGGGGAACCCAGCCCAGAGAAACGCCUGCAGAGCACUUCGGGACUGGGAUUGGGCAUUACCAAGAGCCCGCCCUCCAAGAAGCCGGCGAUGAUCACCCCCAGCACGCCUGCUAUCCGUCGUGGCCCCUUGUUCCAAACGAACGGGACGCCAUCCGCUACCUUGACCCCUAAUACCGCGUCGCGACUGCCAUCGGCGCUGCGCAAGGAGUCGCCGACGCAAAGAUCAGCUGUUCGUCGGUCGGUCUCAUUCGCCGAUGAAGACGACGUGGUCGACGAGUGGGCCAACAAGCCCAAAUAUACUCCGCAGAGCACGCCCAAGCAAGCGAACCAAGACUCGAUUUCGUCGAAAUCAGCAAGAUCACAGCAGCCUCCACCCGCCGGGGCAGCCGCAGACACUGGCGGAGAUGAAGCAGCCCAGAAUCAGGAAGCGAUGAGGAAACUCGAAGAAGACAUCGAAGCCGCUACAAAGAAAGGACAGACGGGGCUUGCUCAGCACAUGAAGAAAAUACUGAAGCAUCGGAUCGUCCUAAGCCACAACGUGGGAACGAAAGUCAAAAGGAAUAUGGAAAGGGCACAGAGAGCUCGCGAUAACGUGGCAGACCUGGAAAAGCAGUUGGUCGAGAUACAAGCGCGCAGCACCUCAUCCACUUCCACGCCUGCUUCGAAAAAGGUUGAGGUAGUGGUCCCUGCCACUGCUGCAACGAACGGUGACAAGUCGAAGUCUGUCGAGAGAGAUGCGACCCCUGGUCCGACAUGUGCGUUUCAGAUGAAAGCGGCAUCCGAAGACGAUGAAGAUUCCGACGAAUCAGCCGAUGAUGAGCCUCUGGAGACUCAGGAGGUGAAUCUAUUCUCCGAUACGGAAGAGGAGCCUGCUCGCACAAACACAAGCGCCAGCAAUGCGAAGGAGGGAAGAAAAGGUUCAGCACAGAAACAGACGUUCUUUGCCACCCAUGCGCCUGUCACGGGCACCAAAAACAAGCGGUCGUCCCUGAGGUCCUUAUUGGAUGACCAGAAGAAGGCGCAGCAGGAAAGAGUCCAGUCAAUGGAGCCCCUUGCUCUCCCCAAGAAACAGGCAGAGCCGGAAGACUCGUCAGAAAGCGAAUUCGAGGAUAGUGACAGUGACCAAAGCCAGUCUGACGAAGGCGAUAUCAAACCGAACGGAGUUAUUGGCACGAUACGACGAGCUUUGGGAGGAUACUAA